AUGGCAGUUUGGGACAAAAACCUUCUGUGGAGCUUCAUGUUCCUGCUGGCAGGUGCUGUGGGUCAAACUGUGAUGUAUCCUUUCACGUCUACCUGUGCUGUCAGAGGAUCCACUGUCACCUUCACACCUCGGAGGUCUUUCAAAGAGGGUAAAAAAAAUAUUCCUCUAAAGAUCGUCAGAGUCCGCUGGUGUAAGAACCAUGAGAUCUGUCAUGGCGGCACUCCGUCUGUGUAUGACAGUGACUCAGCAAACAACGAUCCUCGUUAUCAAUAUCUGGGAGACAUGAAGACAAACUGCACUUUACAGAUCAGAGAUGUUCAGCAGGGAGACAACGCAACCUUUCGCUUCAGGAUGGAAGCUGAUCAUCAUGAAGGACAUUUUACUAACAAGACAGGAGUGACUGUCAGAGUUGAUGGUGAGAACAUAAAUCUUAAUUCUGCAAAUAAUCAUUCCAGCAGAGGUGAAACCGUCACACUGCUCUGUGCUUCAGUCUGCACUUUCCACCAACUUGAGGUCAAGUGGUUCAAAGAUGGCCACACCCUCUCAGAGACCAGCCCCUCCCUCCCUCUCAGCCCUCAGACUGCAGAGGAUUCUGGGAGCUACACCUGUGCUCUGAAGAACAUGAAGACUCUCUCUGAGCCGUACAGCCUGCAGGUGGAGGCUGGAGCUGAUGGUGUCCUUCGUCUGGUACUUGGUGUGGUGUUUGGUCUCCUGCUGCCUGUGAUCCUGCUCCUACUCUUCAUCUUCAUCAUCAAAAGGAAGCUGGCAGCUGCAGAGGAUCAGAGGGCUGUGGGAGGUGAUCCGGAGCAGAAGCAUCCUGAUAGCAUCUACAGCAACAUCAUGAAGUCUGUACAAACUGAGGCAGCUCAGCAGCAGGAACCCGGCCGAGCGGUGGAGGACGUCAGCUACGCCUCCGUCCAGUUCAAACAGAAGAAACAGGAGGGCAGGCGCCUGCAAGCGGCGAAUGAUGACGUUGUCUAUUCCUCAGUGUCCAGUCGAGGAUGA